CUGGAGCGCCCCCGAGUCACGAUUCGCCAAAUUGUGUUCCUUGAAGUCUUGAACCCCUCUGUUCCUUUUUUAUUUUUAUUUUUUUUUUGGGUUUUGUCUUGCUUUUCCUUUUUAUUCCCUGCCAAUAAGCCUCCAAUUAGGACUUGUUCAGUUUCUCUUUCUAGAGUGUGUGAAGAGUUCUUCUUGAACUGGGUCUUCAGCAUUGAAUCUCGACUUGGUUAAAACCAACAAUUAGCCGUGGGAGGUGUACAAGGAGACUGAUCAGCUUGUGGGUUUUCUUCAGUUGACGAGGAUGGAACCGUAUCUUUCAGAUCGAACGAAACAGAUGAUGAUGGAGUGAUACGUCAGGCUAAAUGGCGUGACUGCAGCACUUCUUCCCUCAAUAUGCAUUCAUAUUCUGAAUUCCAAAAGAGACCAAAGAAUGGUUCAUAAAGGUGAUUUGGUUGCUAUUGGAAUCUCUGUUGGUCUGGCCCUCGGUAUCUUGAUAGCUUUACUAGUAUUCUUCAUCAUAAGGUGGCACAAGCGGCGUGCUUAUCUUCGACGUUGUGCAAAUGACCGUUGUAUGACAACUAUUCCAAUACGCAUAAAUGGCUUAGAUACGAGCACUGACUUCAGUGCAUCUCUGGCAAAUGGACCAACUCCUCAGGCAACAAGAUACCCUCAACAAAAUAAUCAGCUUUCUUGGUGGGGUAAUCACAGUAAAGAUCGACUUCCUUCUACUUCAGGCAUACCUCGAUAUUCAUACAAGGAUGUUCAGAAAGUUACGCAGAACUUUACAACUAUUUUGGGACAAGGGUCAUUUGGUCCAGUGUAUAAAGCGACAAUGCCUACAGGAGAAGUUGUAGCUGUGAAGGCACUCGCUUCUAAUUCGAAACAGGGGGAGAAAGAGUUCCAAACUGAGGUAACUCUUCUAGGAAGGCUGCACCACCGGAAUCUUGUGAAUUUACUAGGAUAUUGUGUAGAUAAAGGACAGCGCAUGUUGAUAUAUGAGUUCAUGAGCAAUGGCAGUUUGGCCAACCUUUUAUAUGACAAACAAGAUCGAGUUUUAAGUUGGGAAGAAAGGCUACAAAUUGCUCUUGAUAUUUCACAUGGAAUCGAAUAUCUACACGAAGGGGCAGUGCCACCCGUCAUACAUCGCGAUUUAAAGUGUGCUAAUAUAUUGUUGGACCGGUCAAUGAGAGCGAAGGUCGCUGAUUUUGGACUGUCAAAGGAAGAGGUCUUUAAUGAGUGCAACUCCGGCCUGAAGGGUACGUAUGGCUACAUAGACCCGGUGUACAUAGCAACAAACAACUUCACCAUGAAGAGUGACAUCUACAGUUUUGGUAUAAUCAUCUUUGAGCUAAUUACAGCCAUCCACCCACACCAAAACUUAAUGGAAUACGUUAAUCUAGCUUCGAUGAGUCCAGAUGGUGUCGAUGAGAUACUAGAUGAGCGACUCGCUGGAGAAUGCAACAUUGAGGAAGUGAGGCAGCUAGCUAAAAUUGGUCACAAAUGCUUGCAGAAAUUGCAAAGGAGGCGUCCUUCAAUAGUAGAAGUUUCACAGGCCAUAGUGAAGUUAAAGCAGAGGCGGCUUACUAAGGAAGACACAAUGUCUUUUGCCAGAGAUGAUUUAUCACAACUAGCAAGUAAGAUAGAGGACCAACAGGUGGUGUUGAGUGAGAUGGGGAAGGAGGGUGCUUAACUGAUCACAAGUUUAUUUCUUUCCUUUUUUUGCCUCUGCUUUCUCAUUAUAUCAUUCUCUAGUGAACCUGAUUAUACCCAAUAUAGGAAAACCAUCAAUCCCCUUUUGCCUUAAAGAAGGCCAAGUACACAGAUUUACACAGUAAUGAUAGUGAUCCCAGCAGUUGAUAUCUCAAUUAUCGCAGUUUCUUAGUUAUACGCACAAGAUUUCAUGUGCAUCUUUUGGGACAUGUGAUGAUAAAGAGAGAAACGAAAGUUUCAAGCA